CAUAACAACAACAUAAAUCAAUUAGUAUAUAAAUUAAAUAAACCAUUAUAACAACAACAAAAAUUGGGUAAAAUGAGUACGUACAGCUUGAUAAUCAUCAUAGUAAAUACCCACUUCUUGGAUAAAAUCGACCAUUUUUUCAGAAUCCGGACAGAGAUUCGACGGUAUUUUAGUGAAAACCAAAGAAAAAGUUUUUUGAAGGCAGAUCGGACUUAGCCGCAACCAACAAAACAACUACUUCCAAGGUUUUUGGGUGGGGAGGGGGAGGGGGAUGGGUAGAGUGAGGAACUUAGAGAGAGAGAGAGAGGAGAAUGGGGGUUUGGUGUGUAGAAAAUGGGAGGAAGGGGUGGGUUUAUAUAGGAAUAAAACCGCGUGCUGGAGGGGCAGUUUGGUCUUUUUACCCCACACAAAACCGCGCUUCCAGCACACGGUUUACGUUUCUCAACACGCAAACCGCGCCUUAGGGCAAUGGUUUCCCGUGGGUGACGCGGAUCGCUCCGCUGGCAGGCGGUUAGGUCGUCAGAUCGCCUGCCCAUUGUGCGGUUGCAUGGGCCGCCACGUGGAGGCGCGUUUUGUCAGCUGCCCAAUGCCAAACCGCCCCUUGCCCGCGCGGUUUGAUUGAUAACCGCUCCUUCGAGAUGCGGUUUAUGGGAAAGGGUGGUAUUUUUGGAAAUUCUUGGAAAUGGGUGGUAUUUUUGUAAUUUUUUUUUUAAACAGUGGUAGUUUUUGAUGAGAGGUACCCAUUCCCGCCCCGCCCUGCCUACGGGGCGGGUCGGACCCGCCCAAAACAGGUUAAACAGGUCGGGUAAAUCGGGUCAGGUCAAAAUUGCCAUCCCUAAUUCCAUGCAUAAUUUUUUAGUUAGGGUUCGUUUGGAAGUUGCGAAUGCUAAAUCGUUGCAUUGUAACGAAUCACCAUAAUAUAAAUGCAUGUAUACAAUGGAUGCAUUUUAACAAUACAUUGUUUGGUUGUUGAGAUUUUACUUUAUGCAUUAAUUUACAUUAAGUUAUUUUUAUGGAGAAAUGUCAUAUUUACCAUCAACUUUUAAUAUAAGACAAAAAUUAUUAGGGAUAUAAACGGAAAGAAAAAGUUGACACAAAUCUAAAAGCAACAAUCACAACAAUCUCAACUUUUAGUUGACAUUGUAUAAUGCAUAAUUUUUUGUGAUUGUUGGUGGGACCCACCUAAAAUAAUACAUGCAUUGUUUUACACUUUGGCACUUCCAAAUAUUAUAUUGUGCACAAUACAUGUAUUCAACAAACACAACUCUAACAAUCACAACUUCCAAACUUACUCCUUAAUAAGUGGCAUAGGUACAACAAUUCAGAAAGGGGUCAUUUGGAUCCAGGUUUUUAAUUUGUGGGAUUUUGGCUCAAAUCACUGGUUUAAAACCCUAGUUUUUAAUUUGUGGAAUUUGUGUGGAAUUUUAGGCAAAUCACACGUUUGGAAACAUAUGUGGCAUUUAUAAAAUGAGAAUGCAAGAUUACAUAAUUAACCUUCCCUAUUUAUUUGUACAAGGGCCCAAAUUUGGCCGUUCACUGUUGCUAUUUCUUUUCCUCGACAACUGCUAGGGUUUCUUCCACCAUUAUCGAUCCUUUCCUUCGCUACGCUCUGGAGGACAGCAGCUGCCGUCGUUCGUCGAUCACAGCAUCAUCGUCGGUAGGGCGCCGUUCUUCAUCCGCCAUCUCCAAAGCCAACAUGCAUCCACCACUGUGUGACUGUCCUUUGGAAGCCGUGUUGGAGUUAUCUCACUCCGCCAGGAACCCAAAUAGAGAAUUUUACUCGUGUCCGCUGAAGAAAAUAAAGGGGAAGAAAGAAUGUGGCUAUUUCAAAUGGUUUGAUGUGCAUGCUUUGGAAGUCCGUGAACGGAACCUUGUUAGGGAAGUUGCCAAUUUGCGUAUGAAACUUGCCGAUGUAGAAGAAGAGAACAAGCAACUCCGACUGCAGUUACGGCGUUGUGAAGUUGUUGACCAGCCUUGUUCGUCCAGCAUUACUAGAACGAGUGAUUCAACUGAAACAAGUAUGUUGGAAGCAAUUUCGCAGCUGAGUUACAGAAUGUCUCGCGUUGAAGGGAAACUUGGGUUGAGAUAGGUUAUUCAUAAUGUAAUCCUAUUUGAUCGUGGUUGUUGUGUUAGGAUGGUUCUGUUUGUGUGAGUAUGUUAUGUUAGGAUUGCUUGGUUGUUGUGUUAGGAUGGUUCUGGGAAUGUAAGCUUGUUUGCUCACAUCAUGUUGUGUGCGCCUGUUGUAAUAGGAUUGCUUGUGUAAGGAUUGAAGUUGUUGAAACAUGAAUGAAAUAUGCAGAGUUUGUUGAAGCUAGAAUGUAACCGCAGACUAAUUGAAAACAUAUAUAGUAUGUUCUGCAGAAUGUGAUUGCGGACUGGUUGAAAUCAUAAAAUUGCAGACUAAGAUUACAUGAUUCAACAUCAACAUAUUCUGCAUAUGUUUUGACAUUAUGCAUGUGUGCAUAGUGCUUAUGUUGAGCUACACAAAAUGGCUGGUUAUAUCUUGCUGCAACACUGGGAUAGAAAUGUCAAAAUAAGAAUGCAAGAGUAGCUUCCAGCUGGUCUAACAAAAUGGCUGCUUAUAUCUUGCUGCAGACAAACUGAAAUCAUUUCCAGUUGCAGAGUUUAGAACAUAAAACAUCAAAUGCAACAUAAUGUUUUGACAGUAAAACUUCAAGAUAAGAAAAACAUUCUGAAAUG